AUGAAGAAGUUGAAUUUUGAUGAAAAAGUUGCUGGAUACAAUAGGCUACUCCAACUAAAUGAGCUUGAUGAGUUCCGUAAUGAAGGCUAUGAGAAUGCAAAGAUCUACAAGGAAUGCACCAAGGCAUGGCACAACAAGAACUCGAUCAUAAAAGAGUUCCAACCUGGGCAACAUGUACUUCUCUUCAAUUCAAGGUUGAGACUCUUUCCAGGCAAUUUAAAAUCUAGGUGGUCUAGUCCCUAUACUAUGGUGAAGGUGUUCCUAUACAGAAUUGUUGAAGUGUUAGGCAAGAAUGGCUCAUCGUUUAAAGAAAAUGGUCAACAAUUGAAGCAAUACUUGGGUGGUCCAAUAGACCAAGCCAAGUCAGUGAUCCUCUUGAAGCCCCUCUGA